GCAGAAGGAAACAUUUAAGAGAAAUUGGCGUGCGAAUAAUGAGCUCGUGGAUGUUGCUGGACUCCCGCUUCCCUGGCGCUCGCGGGUCGGGAAUCACGCGCCAUUGGAGGGGGUGAUACGCACUGUGCAUGCGCUUUUUGGCUCAGCGGCGUGCACACAGGUCGGUCGAUGCGAGCACGGCGGCGUGGCUCUCGGCCUCCAUUUGCCAGUUUGUGUUUAUGUUCGAGGGAAUUUGCCGAGGCUCGUUUCGGCGGCCGAGACGCCGCGCAACAGUUGGAGUUUCGCCGCAGACGUCAUCGCUACGGCGUGCCCGUGUGGCACGAGGCGUCGGGACGGCGCCGCGAGGAGCCGAAUGCCGUGUGAUGAUCGGAGCCGGUGGUCAAGUCUGCCUUGAGCUCUGAACCUGCAGCCAUGGAGGUCGCCCAUUCAUCGGAGGAAGCGCUCACAGACCCCCCUGCCUCCAUCCCCUCUUCGCCUACCUCCCCUUUAACCACUGCAAGGCCCAGUAUCGCCACCGGCAACACAAUGGAGAGUAAAGCCAUCUCCGUGGCAAGCAAUGAAUGCAGCUCUGCUCUUUCCUCGCCUGCUGAAGCGAGCCCAGCCAAGGCUGCUGGGACACCUUCUUCAAUGCUCGAAGAGACGAUGGACCAAAGCCCCGCUACCUCACAGAUGGCAUCCGCAUCAGACUCUCUAAAGAGCCCGGGAACAAGUCUAAUCUCCAUUACCGAAACUUACCCUUGGGUUUCUACGCUGUCGCCUACCACGUUUGGCUAUCCGCUCCCUACAGAGGGCUUUCCUGCUGUGCUCAGCUUCAGAGGUGUCACUGUCACGUUGGAGAACAACAGCAUAUGGAAGCAGUUCUGCGAGUGCGGCACUGAGAUGAUCCUCACCAAACAAGGUCGCCGCAUGUUCCCCUACUGCCGCUAUCGCCUGUCUGGCCUAGAGCCCGAUCGGAUGUACAAUCUCGUCCUCUCCAUUGUGCCGUCGAGUCUGUACAAGUACCGGUGGAGUACGUCCAAGUGGGAGGCCAGCGGGCCGGCGGAGCACCAGGCCCAGGGCCUGAUCCGAGCCUUCCCCCACCAUCACUCGCCCUGCCGCGGCUCAGAGUGGAUGUCCUGCUUGGUGUCUUUCUAUAAACUCAAGCUGACGAAUUUCUUCCAGGACCAAGAGGGUCACAUGAUCCUGCACUCCAUGCACCGCUACAUUCCCAGGCUCCACAUUAUUCCCGUUCUGGACGGGGAGGCACCCACAGCGGACAAACCUGUGGUCGUGGGACCUGAGAGCAUCACCUUUACGUUCCCACAAACUGAGUUUAUGGCAGUGACGACCUAUCAGAACUUUCGAAUCACCCAGCUGAAGAUCAAUCACAACCCGUUCGCCAAGGGCUUCAGGGAGGACGGGAACAACCCGCGUCUCAACAGAAUCCUUCCGCUCGCCGUGAAGGCAGAAAGCCAGACGGAGGUCCUGAAGGCCGCUGAACCCAAGGAGCAACAAGAGGAGGGGAGGGAUCCGAGCGACAACAGUGAACUUCCCUCGGCUGCCUCUGCAACUGCAGAAGAGACUAGACUGGUGCUGAAGCCCGUAAUGUCCGACCCGUCUAGUAGUGGUGAUACAUAUGUGCCCUGUAUCAGGGGCAAGCAUGCACUGGGUGAGCUCGUGCUCGUCCAGAACCAGCCUGGCGUUGAACCCGAGAAAGAGGACGGCACCGCUGUUCCUCCCACGACAAAUUCGGGCUUGACUCUGCCGCCUAAACCAACAUCCAAUAAACCUGGUACCUCCAAAGCGACCCAGGGAAUAUCGGCUCGGUAUCGCAAGAAGAGGAGGAGGAAGGUCAAGACGCGCUGGACAAUGUACCAUCCAAAGACUUGGAAAAGGGCGGCCGCCUCUGCCAAAGUGACCUACAGACAAUCACUGACAGUCGCCAUGCAGCCAGAGCUGGAUGACAUAGAAGGCCUGCUGUUUGUGUCGUUCACCUCAAAGGAAGCUCUGGAGGUUCACAUCAAAGACAGGUUAGCAAACACCUCCUCAUCAGAACUCCCUGUUAGCUUAACAGGGCCGAUGGAGACGAAGACGUCAGUAGAAGACGUCUCCAUGGGGGAGAAUCCAGAGACAGCGAAGGAGAAAACUGCUCGACUGGAGUCUCUCCUCCUCGAUGACCUGAGCGUUCUCAAACACAAGCAGGUCAUCCAUCCCGUGCUGCAGGAGGUGGGCUUGAAGUUGAGCACCUUAGAUCCAGCCACGCCUGUUGAUUUGAAGUAUCUGGGUGUUUGUCUGCCACUGCCUCCUUCAAGCCCGCACGGCCAAAGCAGCGCACCAGCUAAAUCUCCUGCUGAUGAGGAUUUACAGUUUAUCUCCAGAACAGGAAAAACGAGGGACGUGACAAAAAUAAAGGGAUGGAGAAACAAGUUCACAACAAGCCAAGAAACAUCUGCUUCUAAUGGUGAAGGAUUACAAAAGAACCUGUCUGCCUUCUGCAGCAACAUGCUAGAUGAGUACUUGGAGAGCGAAGCUCAGCAAAUCAGUGAGCGUGCCGCUGCUUUCUCCACUAACCCAGAGGACACGGUGGCCUAUCAGCUGCCUGAGAAGAGCUCCAGCUAUGUGAAGACCCUGGACAGCGUACUCAGGCAUCAGGGCGCUGCUUCCAGAGCCUCGGUUAGGGCCAACAGACCUUGUCCUCUCUCUCGUAAAACCUUCCCUCACUCAGCUCAGAUGUCUCCCGGUGUUUCUCCGACCACUCCUGAAGCCCCCAGUCAGCUGCCGGAUCCAGAUCCAGAAGCUGCUGCUGGGUCCAGUGAGGACCAAUCACAAAGAUUGUCAAGCAGCCAGUCAGGAGCCAAUCAGAGACCCGUGCUGAGCUUUGGUCAGAGCCAGGGCCCGCCGCACAAAGGCGCAGGCUUCUCGAAGAUCCAACUCAAAGUGAUGCAGAUGGAAACAGCAGCGUUUAACCAGGGCCUCAGCAGAACCCGUCUGACUCCAGAAAGACUCUCUACAGCUCUGUCUGUGAUAAUGAGCACAACGAGCAUGCCCAGGGAGAUCCCGUUUCAAGAUAACACCGUGGGAGCUCAGUGUGGUCAGGAGUUCUGCAGACUGGGCUGCGUGUGUCACAGUCUGCAGCAGCUGCAUACAACCCGUGACCACUGUGGGCAGCCCGAGUGCCUGUUUACCUGUAGCUGCUUCAAACCUACAGAAGAGUCCGCCACGCCUCGCCCCUCCUCCCAUGCUGGUAAACUGUGGAACCACAGCGUUAAUAAUGAGGAUCUAGAACCGCUUUAUACCCCCAAAAGUGCUCCGGCUCCACCAAAAGCCCAGAAAACCUGGACGUUUUCUCCAGCACCCCCGAUCCGUGAAGAGGAUAAGGAUCCUGUGUACAAGUAUCUGGAAAGCAUGAUGACGUGCGCACGGGUCCGAGAGUUUAACAGCCUGCCUCCACCAGUCGUCACCUUGGACCCUGGGGGUUUUCAAUCCAAGGACAAACCAGCACCACAGAACGACGUAAAGCAGGAGAACGUAGCUCCAGCAACCGAUCAAAAACCAGUGAAAAGACCCUCUCUGGAUGCAGAUGUCGCUGCACUAAAAGCAAGAAAGCAAAUCGAGAUCCAGUCGAUGUGUCAGUGGAAGACGGACAGUAAAAUGGUGCUGGAGGGUUUGUGGGAACGCAUGAACCAGAAUCAGCUUCACCUGCGUUUCUACGUUGGGCCUUACUGCAUCUGCCCCGUGGCCAGAGUCAUCUUAAAGAAACCCAGCGGCAACCUCAUCAUCUACAGGCUGCGAAUCAGCAAACCAGAAAAAGUGAACGGCUGCGAGGAUGAGUCUGAGGACGGUGAAGAGAAGUGUGACGACAGACGCUGUGACGGAAAUACCGAGGAAGAGACAGCGGAGAACCUUUGGAUUCGUUAUGGGCUCAUUCCUCACCAGAGGGGCACGAUGCCCGUCAGGAGACUGAGAGCCCAGAGAAAACCUUCAGGCCGCAAGGCAUCCGGACUCAUCCAGGUAAAUGAUAAAUGCUACAAUCACGCCACGCUGUUGCUCGGUAACAUGGGCUCUCUGCAUCCAGCCAACCGUCUUGCAGCCCGUGUCACAGGCCGACUGGGGGCUGACAAAACGCCUCCGACGCAGCAGUCAGCAAACACAACCACCACACCAGAAUCCAAUCAUUUCAACGCCACAAACACAUCCAUCCCUCAACCUGCGUACCAGAAGAGAGCACUGCUGCCCAAAGCCGAUUUACUCAAACCAGACCCGUUGAAUAAUGGAGCCAGCAACACGGUGCAGGAUUCCCAGAGGCCCCAGUUCCUAAGCACUUCUGCCCAGUCGUUUUUCCCGUUCCAGCAAAACAUCCACAGCAGCUCCGCGUCCUCGCCCGUCUCCCUCACGGUCUCGCCGUCGCUGAAGAGCCCCAGCUUCCUGGCUGAGAGUGGGACGUACUCCUUCAGAAUCUGCCCUCCGUCCACCCACGCCGGCGACAGCCAGAAGCCGUCCGGCGUGCCCCUGCCAGGAGGCUUCACCCUCAUCCAGCUCCCAAAACCCGGAGCGGAAGAAAAGGCGAAGCCUCCCGACGCUACGUGCAGCGCUUCAGCUCAGAACAAAGACAGUGUUUCUAAUCUAAGCACCUCAGCAGGGAAGUGGUUUGGUUUUGAUACCUUAAGCAAAGUUAGGACCCUGCUAAGCAGCGACUUGCCCGAGCCUGACUCCUCCUCUGGGCGGCCUCCUGAGGAGAAGAUGCUGUUGGAUGGGAACAGUGAGGAAGAGGACCCGCUGCAGACCGAGAAUCAGCAGGACUUAUACUUUGAUAUGUCCUCAGAAGAAUUGAGCUCUGACUUUUCAGACUACGAUGAAUGUGAAGAACAGGACGAGAUGGUGGACAUCGAAACUGUAGAAGCGAAACAAGGAGAGUUAAUUUCUGAAAUGAGAAAAGACGCGUUGAGUCGGCAGCAGUCAAGGGACUUUGCAGGCGACCGUGAGCUCAAUGAAGCACCAACGGGCCUUAAACCGUGUGAAAUGUCUGACGAUCAGAAAAACACGCGGGCGCGCUGGAACCACUCAGCCGUGGAGAAGCUGAGGCGCUGUGAACAGCGGGUCCUGUUUGACAGGCUGCAGAGUCUCCUGAAACUGGAUUCCAAAUCCUCCCGGCUCCACGUACUUGAACUGGCUGUUAAGGAAAUCGACAGUCUGGGCAAGACGUCCAGAUAUCUUCAGGCGGAGAAAGAGAGGCUGCUCCAGGCCCAGUCUGUCUUUUUGAAGCAGCUGUCUGUGUUGGCUGGGAAGCCUGUGGACGUGAUCCAAAGCAAGCUGAAGGAGAUCUUUGAGCGGCAGAAACAGCGCGAGAAGAAUAUGCAAUGGAAGCCUUUCUUUUCACACCUCCUGCAGAGCAAAGCUGCUCUUCUUCAAGCCACCGCCGCCCCUACUGAUCUCAAGCCCUCGUCGCCGCCGCAAGACGUCAGCCCACCAGGUCAUCCCGGCUUUUCUGAGGCGGCGAAAAGCAACCUACAAACGUUGAUGUCCCGGAUUCAUUCUUCAAAAUCGCCGGGACUGGCUUCUGACCAGUCUAAUGAGGACAAAUCUAUGCAAGGUUCCCAGCCUAAAGCGGUUACUGUCGUUGUCCCAGUUCAGGGAACAUCCCCCCCACAGGUGGAGGUUCAGCAAAAAGAACCUGAAGCUGUGGACCACCCUCCUUCCAAGUUGGAUGAGAACCAGGAAGUAUCAAAAGAUCCAGACCAGAGCUCCACGCCUACUUCUGUAACAAAAGACUCAAAAGUCCUGGACAAACUGGCCAAUACUGUCGCUGCGGCCACGUCUGGACCCACUGGAACCAUAAAGAGAACCAUAGUCGUCCCCGCAAGGCCGGUUGCUCUUCCUCUGAUUCGCUCCAAAACGGGCAGACUCAUUCUUCCCUCCUCCCUGAAACCAUUUGGGAAAGGCUACUACACCCUGAUGGUGAUGGAGUCCAAGAAGAAGGAAGACGGGGAUACGGCCAGCUCUCCAGCGACCGCUGACUUGGAUCCUUCCAAGAAUUCGGAGAAAAGCGCUCCUCCUCCUGAACAGCCCUCAGAUCCAGAGAGCGGAUCUGCAGCGGUGGACAAACCACCUGCACCUUCAGAUUCUGAUCCGAAGAGUUCAGGUGUAGCGAGCCCCCUCACUGAGCUCACCUUCCUCAACAAAUCAAUCGCCGUACCUUCGCUCAGCCGACAAGCCACCGAGGAGGGCAAAGGGGAGGCUCUUCCGAUUUUUAUUAGAACCUCGGCGACUCGCUUCUGUUUGAAACCUGUAGGCAAGGUUCCUGCUUCUGCCACCGGCGAGCAAAACUCCAGACCUCUGUUUGUAACCGUCCUCAGCAGCAAGCCUGCGAAGAGCCCGGCGGCCCCUCCAAGUACAGACGCUAGCAAAACCGAGGUAGAGCAGACCGAGGUGGCCGAGGGUAACGUAGAUGGGCUGACUGGACUGAAACAAGACGAUGUGAUUGUGAAGAAGAUACAAGUCCGAGUCCAGAACACCCCAGGGACAGGGGGGGAAAUGGGCGAUAAACCCUCCUCUGUCAAACGAUGCAGAGGAAGGUCUUCAGCAAAGACAAGGGGACAGGGCCGAGGUUCUGCUGUGAGGCGUGCAAAAAGUCCAGACUCGCCAGUAAAAUUUCCGUCUCGCAAAAGCACCAAUGCACAGAACUCAGAAGAGGAGGCCACUUCCCGGCCGCUGACACGCGGCUCUCUGGGAAAGGACUUCCCAAGUGCAAAGAAACGCUCCUGGAUAGAUGUAGAGAAGGAACUGGAACUGGAACCGGACCUCGAGCUUGUGUAGUCUGUACUGGGUAAGAUGGGCUCAUUCAGUUUGGUAACCUCAGCUCUCUGUCGCAGCAGCGUGUCCAAACCCCACAGUUUUACCUCCUUUGCUGCUAGUCGGUGUCAACACGGAGUACAAGCUUCACCACGCGUGCCUGUUUUUUAAAAACAAAAACAAACGAUCAGGUCCCCGCGGAGCUACCUUACGCUGAUGUUUUUGAAAAAUACCUCAGUGAACUUCUUCGAUGCUGUAGAGAAACGCCCCAUACAAAGAGCAUUACCCGACCUGCUGAAUGUACGAGUAAAGUCUGUGCUAGCCGCUUCAAUCAGCUUUCAUCUGUUUUCUGUCUAUUAACUGUGACUAACAUGUUUCUUUCUUGAAAGCGCCUUACUCACUAUAUUGCCGUGCUUAAACCUGUUUUUGUCACACAGAAGAGAUUUAGAAACUAAGGAUUCAGUUGUAAAGCUUUAGGAGGGGAAGUCAUACCAAACCAUGAACUGCUAUAAUAAAUUCCUGGUAUUUACCAUUCAAUUAAAUGUUUUUUUUCUUUUCUUUUUUUAGUUGCACUUUAUAUUUCUGGUAGAACCCAAGCAAUAAGACAUGUUAAUUCUUCAACUCAAGCAGAAAUGCUACUGGCCUUUACUUUGGGAUGUUAGUCAGUGGUAUUCCUUGUGAUGUAUAAAGCUGAUUUAUAAGAAAUAGCCUGUGUGAAUAUUUUGUUUUCUUUUGUUAGUCUUUUGUUACUAUUACUUAUUAAUUAUUAUUAGUCUAUUUUUUAAGGCUAUGGUUAUUGUGAAACACUGGUUGUUAUCGUGACUGAUUAAUAAAAUAUUUGCUCUUGAAAAAUGGAAGAGGUGAA